UGUGAAAACAUUCCGGAUGUCGGCUCAGCUCAGUCUCAUCUUACUCUCUCUUUUUCAUAAUGAGCAGUUUCCUCCUCUCACAGCGCAGUCUGACACAAUCUAAAGAUGUCUUGAGGAGUGCUCACACACCGUUGUUUCUCUGAUAUUACCGAGCAAACAGGGCCUCCGUCGUUAGUUAGAUGUGAGCCGCCGGUUGAUGAUAGAUUAUUUCCAGAGAUGUAGCAGCGGCCUCACACCUCCGUUACUUGGAAACCGUCAGAAGUUUGCUGCGGAAAGUUUUUCUCUCCGGAUGGAAGAAGAAGUUUUGAGACAAAGCGGGUGCCACAGGGCUGUUUCCCCUCCUGUUUUGUGAUAAUGGAGGAAGCCGUGCUCUGAGUGACACGAUGUCUUGGGGGGAGUUCAUCGAGCUCCGUGACCUGAGGACGGACAGAGAGCAGAUAGAGCUGACACAUGGGACACAAACGCCCUGCUUCCCUCCACGCCUGGAGAGAACCAACGCCCUGAGGAUCAGCCCGGGGAAGGUCCCAGACCUGCUGAGCAGGGUGGGCAUCAUCAGACUCCUGAGCAGCACCCAGGACCCCCAGCCUCUGGAGGAGAAGGGGGAGGGACACAACUUCCAGCCAUGUAGCCACGCUCAGCCCACGUGGUGCGACCUGUGUGGAGACUUCAUCUGGGGACUGUACAAGCAGAGCCUGCGGUGUGUCAAUUGUAGAUUCACGUGCCACUACCGCUGCCGUGCUCUGAUCCAGUUGGACUGCAGCUGGGACCGAGGCUCUGCGGCCGACCAAACAUGUGUUGUGGAGCACACCAUAGAAACGGACACAAAUGUGGAUGAACAAAUUGAAUGGGGAAAGCAGGAGCUGACAACUGCAGAUAUUCAGCAGAAGGUGAAGGAAUACAACGCUCAAAUCAACAGCAAUCUGUUCAUGAACGUGAACAAGGAUGGUUCCUAUACUGGCUUCAUCAAGGUGCAGUUCAAGUUGGCGCGUCCUGUGUCAGUUCCACCUCCAAAGAAAGGAGGUCACGAUGCUGCAGGGAGGAGGGCUAGCGGAGUGAAGCGCCGCACCUCUUUCUACCUGCCAAAGGAUGCAUCCAAGCACCUGCACAUAAGCUCUCGCACUUCUGCUCGUGAGGUCAUCGAGGCUUUGUUGAAAAAGUUUACCGUGGUGGACAAUCCUGGAAAGUUUGCUCUGUUUGAGCGCAGCGAGCGUCAUGACCAAGUUUAUGUUCGCAAGGUGUCUGACAAUGAGCGCCCACUCCGUCUGCGUCUGUGUGCUGGGCCCAAUGAGAAAGUCCUCAGCUUUGUUCUGAAGGAGAAUGAAACUGGAGAAGUCAAUUGGCAUGCCUUCUCAAUGCCUGAGCUGAAGAACUUCCUGCGCAUUCUGCAGCGUGAAGAGGAGGAGCACGUCAAGCAGAUAGUGCAGCGGUACGCUCUGGCCCGCACCAAGAUGCGCGAGGCCCUGGCCGGCUCGACCCCCGGUUGAGACGACUCUGCACUCGGGGUUGAACAUGCACCACUUGGCUGGACAAUCACCUGAAGAUGACAGUCAUCGCUGCAUCCAAAGAUCCCAGAUAAUGCAACUCAAAACGCCUCUUGUGUGAACGAGAGAGUGAGACAGGGCGCAAGACAAUGAGAGAGAGAGAGCCGGCGCGAAUGUGCGUGUGAAGUGAUGCGAGAGAUGCGAAGUGCCUUACACCUGGAGAGUCUGAUGUGCCUGAGAGAAUGAGUUGAGAGAAGUGACGACUGGCGGAUGAGACAGUGGUCGUAUCCAGUAAUGUCUUUUGCCAAUGGGUGCCUUUUGAUUAUCCUGUUUACCUCAGCUGUGUCACUUUAACUUUAAAGAAAAUGUCAAAGUUUUUAGGUAUGAAAGAAUAGUCAAUUUUGCAUUUGUAGAUGCAGUGCCUAAGUAAAGCCCCAUGUUGCAAUUGAGCUGAUAAUCACACCUCUGGAAGUUACAUUCCUUUUUAUUUUUCCAAUCACAGCAUUACUGCCAGGUUCAGAUAAACGUUAACAACCCACCAUGAAAACCAUACUUAGUAACCGCCCUGUUGACAUUUUCAUUUAUUCCAUUAGAAAGUUAAAUACACAUCUGUUGCUGAAAGGUAUUUGGAUUUUCAUUUGACCCAGGCUCAAAAAUCUGCCACGUCCUCUCGACACCCCUGAUGGGUGCAACUCUGUUUUUUUAUUUUACCGUCAAAUUGUGAGUUUGACUGAUGUAUGGACAUUUGUAUGCAACUUUAUGAAUGUCAGAGAGAGCAGUGUCACUCUGGUUGACUGGAAUCAUGAAUGAAUAUUGGUAUACAUGUGUUUCACUGGAAGCUGUUUGUCAUUCCUUCUAUCUUUGUUUUUUUCUGUCCUUUAAAGAAAAUGUCUAAUGUUUCUCAGUUUCACUAUCAUUGUAUCCGUCUAUGCACAUAUUUACAUGUUGAAGCAAUAACUCAAACUGUCGUGACAAAUGUGCACUGCGUUCAGUAAAGAAUUUCCCAGUUCAAAUAA